ACACCAGCGACCCUGGAAAAAAUACAGAAGGAAUUGUACGCGACAACAAUCCUAUACGUUAUCACGAUUGGACUGUCGAAACUUUCCAUCACUACAUUCCUGGAGCGACUGGCUUGCACCUCAAACCAUAAAACAGCCGUUAUAAUUAUGUAUGCCGUUGUCAUAUCUUGGACUUUCGCAUUCACCACAGGCGUCUUAUUUCAGUGCGAGCUACCGCGUCCUUGGGCAGUGUUCAAUGGAAAAUGUAUACCCAUGCUUCCAUUCUGGAUCGUAGCCUGUCUGGUCGACGUUCUAACAGAUAUCGGCAUGAUCAUUCUACCUAUUCGAAUCAUUUCAAGCCUCCAACUUCCAUCACGCAAAAAGGCUGCCAUUAUUGCUACUUUCGCUCUGCGCACACUUUUGAUUCUCCUUUGCAUAACCCGCGUUAUUUUACUUGAUCGUGCCAUCCACGGGGACUGGUCCUUUGACAGCAUUCCCUACGCCAUAACAACACAAGCGUACUCCACCAUUUCCGUACUCGUGGCCUGCCUUCCAGGCCUCAAACCUUUCAUGGAUAGCGUUCGCACGGGUAUGUUGAGCGCUAGUCUAGCUAAACGCAACGCGGGCACAACCUUUGGUCAGGAUUCAUGGGGUGCACAGCCUCGCAUCGCUUCGCAGUCUACAAUUUGGGGCUCAGUAUCUCAUGGCAGACCCAGUUUCCCAACCGGUUGCCCAGCUGAAACGUCUAUAAGCUUCCCGGGGCCCUGUGGAAGUAUAUCUCUCAGCAGACCCAGGGCCCUAAUUGCUUGCCCAGCGGGAGCCCCCGUACAAGUCUCUGAAGGCCUACGGCGCAGUGCGUCGCAUAGAACAGUCAAACCCUCGGCAACGUGCCCAGCUGAAGCAUCCAUCUACCUCUCCAGAGCUCUAUCGCGCAGCGCAUCCCAUGACCAACUCCGCCCUUCCGCCACUUGUCCAGCGGAAGCUUCCCUAUACGUGUCCGGAGGCUUAGGGCGUAGCGUAUCACAAAGGAAACCCAUCGCCUCGCCUUUUUGCCCGGCUGAAGCUUCCAUCUUCUUCUCUGAAGGUCAAGGGCGUAUGAGACUGCACGACAGGCCCAGUGCCCCGACCGCGUGCCCUGCCGAAGCUUCGAUAACCUUCUUCCAGAAUCAAGGACGUACCAGGGCUCGCGCAAAGCCCGUAACUCCAACCAAGCCGAUGUUGCACAUCCCUACACCAGCCCGACAGCCUUCCCCAAAAUCGAGAAGAGAGACACCUCCGCGUCCGCCGCCACCACCCGAGGAGCUGCGGCCGGAUCUGACAUGUUUCCAGCCCAGACUGUUGGGACAGAACAGUACGGUGGUCAGCUGUGAAAGGAAGGACAACGAGAGACACAGGGCGAAGAGGAUGGGCAUCAUAACCCAGACGAGACAGUGGGAGGUCAAGCUGGAAGGGGGCUGUAUCUAGAUAGUAGAAGUGCUGGUCACCUAGGUAGCAAUUGAUUCUAGAGGGCCCUGGAGGUCUUCGGGCUCGAUGG